UCCCUGAAAGUGAUUUUUUUCCAUUCUAUCUCUUGUCUCGUAAACAAACGAGAAGCCUAACGCGAGUCUUUUUUCAAACCUCAAUAGGUAAAGCAGUGCCUGGUCUGGUUCACGUCUUGUUCGAAGUUGGAAUGCCAAAUCAAAUUUGAAAGAGUUUUGUGUAUCGACACGGAGCGAUAGACGUGUGUCAUGCAUUUGAUAAGAAUGCGAGCUCCUGCUCUCAUGAUUCAUCUCAAACUGCUGCCGAUACGAACACGGAAGAAUGAGGGAGAAGCAUGCAACCUCAAAAACACGCUCGCGUUCCGAUAGAUUUGACAGAGUAAAAAGACGGCAGGAUGGGGAUCGAUCUGUACUACGACGACCUCAGCCCCUUCUGCAACAGCGUGAGACUCCUUGCCAGGGCGCUGGGCCUGCAACUCGACUUGAAGGAGAGAAACACCGACAAGGAUGAGCAGCUCACUCCGGAGUACAUCCAGAUGAACCCACAACACACGGUUCCAACCAUUAAUGACGACGGAUACAUCAUGACCGAAAGCCGAGCGAUCCUUCGCUACCUGGUCGGAAAAUACGGGAAGGACGAUAGCCUUUAUCCCAAGGACUUGAAGGAUAGGGCCAUUGUGGAUCAGAGGUUGGACUUCGACGCUGGAACUCUCAGUGCCAGAUGGCAAUUUGUCUGCAUGUACCCGGUAGUCAAAGAUGGAAAGAAGUCCCUGAACGAGGCGGUGUUGAACAAACUAGAUGAAGCCCUGGGAAUUCUGGACAUUUAUAUUAAAAAAUCUGGAGGCUACGUCGCUGGAAAUCAUUUAACCAUUGCCGACUUCGCGAUCGUCGGUCCCGUUUCUUGCAUCGAGAUGAUGGAGCUUUUGGACGUGUCCAGGCACGAGCACGUGUGGGCGUGGUUGUCGAAAUGCAAGGCCGAAAUGAACGGCUACGAGGAGGAGAACGGGUGCAAGGUAUCCAACAACAAGGAAUGGAUUCGAAACGCACUGGCGUGAACUCUUCAUCGAAGGCGUUUGAUCAAAUGUCUCAUUAAGGAUAUUAAUUCCAUUUGUAACGAUAAGUCCACGCGGACUCCGGCCGCGACGGGAUGGCAAUUCAUAGUUCCUUGAAAUGCAUGGCAUUCGCCACAAAGCAAAAGUAUUUUUCCAAUGCAGAUACUGAACUUUGUUGGGG